AUGAUUGAUCCAAUAGCACAAAUAUCCUGCUGGAUUGUUGAAGAUUCUUCGGGAGAAUAUAAACCUCCAGAAGGCUUCUACGUGAACAAGUUGCAAGGUGGACAAGGCGGAAAACCUAGUCGUCGCAACACAGAACUCUUCCUAGACCUUCCCUUACUCCCGGGGCGAGCCAUAAACGUUGGACGGGACCAUCAUGUGAAUGACAUUUCUAUAAACCAUCCAAAUGUUUCAAGGAAACAUUUCGUCAUCUAUUCAGUCAUCUACGACCUGGAUGAUGUCCAAAAGCAGCCCUAUCUAGUAUAUGUACGAGACUGCCAGUCUCUCGAGGGUACAUAUGUCAACGAAACCUGCAUUGGUAAUAAAGAGAAAGGUGCUACGCCCGGAUUUUAUGUUAGUCGAGACAUUGUAGUUACUGUCAAGCCUUACUGGAAAUUUCGCAUCUCACUUUUAUAUCAUACCGAGCUGAAAUGUCCCCUGAACUCAAUUCAACUCAAGGAGUCAACUCUUUUCCAAGAUCGAUACAUCAUUACUGAGCGAACCCUAGGUCGUGGGGCCUUUGCGACAGUUCAUCUAGCUGUCGACGCGAGAACAGGGAAACAGCUUGCCUGCAAAAUUCACGAUCUCGAUCGUCUUCGUCGACUAGCACCCUCUCAUGAUUCAAUCCGACGUAUUAGGGAUGAGACUGAUAUACUCGGAAAGCUGAAGCAUCCUAACCUUCCUAUAUUCGAAUGUGCAUUCCACUCAGCACACACCCUUUAUACCUUUAUUGAGCUUGCAACAGGCGGUGAUCUCUUUUCGAUGCGUCUAACCCGAGGAACUUUCGAGGAGCAAGAUUGCAAAUUCGUCAUUCAACAAGUCAUAAACGCCAUUUGUUAUCUUCAUAAGGAAGGUAUUGCACAUCGCGACCUAAAGCCCGAAAAUAUAUUCUUUGCUACAGGACCUGAUAUUGGUGGCCGCGUUAUUGUUGGCGACUUAGGAUUCGCAAAAUCCACAGCAUCUGGCCGUAUGGCUAGCAGAGUUGGUACUGGCCACGAGGUCGAAUAUGGUGAGACACAUGGUCUAGCUGUGGAUAUUUGGUCCCUUGGCAUGAUUGUGGUGUUCCUUCUGGCGUCAGAUGAGAACGCUGUUCCGAGUAGCGUCAUGAAAACGAACCAAGCUGCAAUUACCGGAUGGCUCGACGGCGUAUUUGAAGACCCAUCUCAACAGAGGAUAAGUAAUAGCUGCCAACAAUUCAUUAGGUCUUGUCUCAUGUUUGAACCUAAGCAUAGGUUGGAAGCAUCUGAAGCGAAACAUCAUUCUUGGUUUUAG